AUGGCGUCCUCCCCUAAUAUGCUGACGAAGUUCGAAUCCAAGUCCUCGAGGGCUAAGGGGAUUGCCUUCCAUCCCAAAAGGCCAUGGAUUCUCGUUUCCCUCCACUCCUCUACGAUUCAACUUUGGGAUUACCGCAUGGGGACUUUAAUCGACCGAUUUGAAGAGCACGAUGGCCCAGUCCGCGGAAUCGAUUUCCAUAAAACACAACCUCUCUUCGUGUCUGGCGGAGAUGAUUAUAAGAUCAAGGUCUGGUCCUACCAGACUCGCAGAUGUCUCUUUACAUUGAAUGGCCAUUUGGACUAUGUGCGCACAGUUUUUUUCCACCAUGAGCUUCCUUGGAUUAUUUCAAGCUCGGAUGAUCAAACGAUCCGUAUCUGGAAUUGGCAGAACAGGUCCUUGAUCUGCACUAUGACCGGUCAUAACCAUUACACUAUGUGUGCGCAGUUCCACCCAAAAGAAGAUCUGGUAGUAUCAGCCUCCCUGGAUCAAUCCGUCCGAGUUUGGGAUAUUUCUGGCCUUCGAAAGAAGCACUCCGCGCCCACCUCGAUGACCUUUGAGGAUCAGAUGUCUCGGUCAAAUCAGAAUCAAGCCGAUAUGUUUGGAAAUACAGAUGCUGUGGUCAAAUUCGUCCUGGAGGGGCAUGACAGAGGUGUGAACUGGGUUGCCUUCCAUCCUACAUUACCCCUUAUCGUGUCUGCGGGAGAUGAUCGGCUUGUGAAGCUGUGGAGAAUGAGUGAAACAAAAGCUUGGGAAGUCGACACAUGUCGAGGACAUUUCCAGAAUGCUUCGGGAUGCCUGUUUCAUCCCCACCAAGAUCUCAUACUGUCAGUGGGUGAAGAUAAGACCAUCCGAGUUUGGGAUCUCAAUAAGCGUACCUCUGUGCAAUCAUUCAAGCGCGAAAACGAUCGGUUUUGGGUCAUUGCUGCCCAUCCGGAAAUUAAUCUCUUUGCUGCUGGCCACGAUAAUGGUGUUAUGGUUUUCAAGCUUGAGCGGGAAAGACCUGCGUCCGCCUUCUAUCAGAACAACCUUUUCUUUAUUACCAAGGAGAAGCACGUCCGAUCAUACGACUUCCAGAAGAAUAUCGAGAGUCCGACUUUGUUAACUCUCAAAAAGCUGGGCAGCCCAUGGGUCCCUCCACGGUCAUUAUCGUACAACCCUGCUGAGAGAGCUAUCUUAGUCACUUCACCUGCCGACGGCGGAUCUUACGAACUCAUAAAUCUUCCUAGGGACGGCUCUGGUUCAAUAGAUGCUCCUGAUACAAAACGCGGCCAGGGCAAUUCAGCCGUUUUUGUAGCACGCAAUAGAUUUGCUGUCUUUCACGCUGCCAACCAACAAAUUGAUAUCAAGGACCUCGCUAAUUCAACCACAAAAACCAUCAAGCCACCAAGUGGAACAACCGAUAUCUACUUUGGCGGCACUGGUAAUCUUCUACUCAUCACACCCGCCCUCGUCCAACUUUAUGAUAUCCAGCAGAAGAAGGCAGUUGCGGAACUCGCUGUUGCCGGCGUGAAGUAUGUGGUUUGGUCAAAUGACGGCCUUUAUGCUGCUCUUCUGAGCAAACACAACGUCACCAUUGUAACGAAGACUUUGGAACAAGUCAGUACAUUACAUGAAACGAUUCGGAUAAAAAGCGCAACGUGGGAUGAUGCCGGCGUCCUUCUCUACUCAACCCUCAACCAUAUCAAGUAUACUCUGCUGAAUGGUGAUAACGGAAUUGUUCGGACCCUUGACCAAACUGUAUACCUCGUGCGGGUUAAAGCACGCAGUGUGUACUGUUUGGAUCGAAAUGCUAAGCCGAAGAUCUUGAAUAUUGACCCUACUGAGUAUCGCUUCAAACUGGCACUUGUCAAGCGGAACUACGAAGAAAUGCUACAAAUCAUCAAGAACUCGAGUUUGGUUGGUCAAAGCAUCAUUUCAUACUUACAGAAGAAAGGCUACCCCGAAAUUGCGCUGCAAUUCGUUCAAGAUCCACAAACACGAUUCGAACUUGCAAUCGAGUGCGGUAACUUGGAUGUUGCUGUUGAAAUGGCGAAGCAACUGGACCGGCCCAAGCUUUGGUCGCGUUUGACAACAGAAGCCAUUGCCCACGGCAAUCACCAGAUUGUCGAGAUGACAUACCAGAAAUUGAGGCAGUUCGACAAGUUGUCAUUCCUUUAUCUCACUACUGGCGACGAGGCAAAACUCACACGAAUGGCAAAGAUUGCUGAACAUCGUGGUGAUUUCACUGCUCGUUUCCAGAAUGCGCUGUAUCUUGGAGACGUGAAUGAUCGGAUAAAUAUGUUCAAGGAAAUUGAUCUCUAUCCCCUUGCAUACAUGACUGCGAAAUCCAAUGGCCUGACAGAAGAGUGCGAGUCAAUAUUAGAAGCAACUGGACUCACCGAAGACCAAAUCACACUCCCAUCGAUAGGCUCUCCCCUGACUCCACCGAAACCUGUCGUGCCCACUUUCAAGUCUAACUGGCCAACGAAGGCUACAUCACAGUCAUUUUUCGAGAAAGCACUACUUGGCCAGGUAGAGGGCCUAUCACUAGAAGACGAGCCGGCGACCACCUCCAAUGGAUUCGGCUUUGACGAUGCUGGAGAAGGCGAUGGUGACAACCGAACAACUAAUCUCGCAGAUGCAGAGGAUGACGAGGAUGCUGCUGGCUGGGACAUGGGAGAUGAUAUCGUCCCAGAAGUCGAGAGCGACUUUGUCAAUGUCGAUAGUGCUGAAGCUGGCGCAGGAAGCAGUGAAGCCGAUUUAUGGGCCCGCAACUCGCCACUUGCGGCAGAUCACGUGGCUGGAGGUUCUUUCGAGACAGCAAUGCAAUUAUUAAACAGACAGCUCGGUGCUGUUAAUUUCGAACCGCUAAAGCCGCGCUUCCUGGAAAUCUAUGAGGCAUCCAAGACAUAUCUUCCGGCAUCAGCUGGACUCCCACCGAUCAUCAACUAUGUUCGCCGAACUGUCGAUGAGACAGAUACUCGAAAGGUCCUCCCAAUCAUCCCUCGUGAUAUCGAGUUCCUAGCAACAAAUGACCUCCAAAGAGGAUAUGAUGCUAUGCGAACCAACAAAUUGGACGACGGCGCGAAAAUUUUCAGAGGCAUCCUCCAUGCACUUCUUGUGAAUGCGGUCUCUACAGUUUCCGAGGUGGAAGAGGCUAAGAAGCUCAUCACAUCUGCAUGCGAAUACAGCAUUGCGAUGGCGAUUGAAUUGUCCCGCCGAAAGCUUGGCAGUAAUGAAGAGGUAGCCAAAUCGCCCGAGAAGCUCAAGCGCAGUCUUGAACUCUCGGCAUAUUUCACCAUUCCAAAGCUCGAGGUUCCCCACAGACAAAUAGCUCUUUUGAGUGCGAUGAAGUUGGCCUAUACCAACAAGAACCUCAAUUCGGCGCUGAGCUUUGCAAACAGGAUGUUAGCAAAUGGGGGCGCUGCCAAGAUGCUCGAUAAUGCACGGAAAAUGAAGGCUCAAUGCGAACGCAACCCGAAUGAUGCUCAUGAUAUCGAAUUUGACCAAUUUGCCGAAUUCGACAUUUGUGCUGCAUCCCAUACACCCAUCUACUCAGGCUCGGCAUUUGAAGUUUGUGCUUUUGAUGGCAGCAAGUACCAUUCCAAGUACAAGGGUACCGUCUGUGCUGUGUGCGGAGUAUGCGAAGUGGGAAAGAAUGGAAGUGGGCUAAAGCUCGUUGCGUGA